AUGUCGAAAACCGGGUUUUCCAAUACCAACGUCGACUUUUUCCCGAAUUCCCUUCCAUCAACUGUCUCGUCAAAAUGGCAGAUCGAGUCACACCAAAGUCUCGACCUUCAUUUGACUGAGGGCAGUGAAACGUGCAGUUCAAGACGUCCCGGGGCUCCGGCGAGUCAAUGGCCCACGUUGUUGGAGCCAUCUUCGCGGGGCAGGCUUCAUGUCGACUCGGUAGAGAUUGGAACGGUCGACUUCAGACCGGCCUCAAGCGUGUUCUCGCCUCAUUUCGACCGGUUCAUUAAUAAUGCCGCAACGAGUACAGACCUCACGACAACCCCUACCACCCCAUGCCCUGGUCAGCCUCCGUCCGACCUGCUGCCUCGGGACAUCCUCCGGCGCUCACCUCUUUUGUCCGGCCCGCCAGACCAGUUUGGCCCCGAGUUAAGACGCGUUUUUUCGCCUCUUUGUGCUUUCUGGAGUGCUGCUGGCCGGUUGAAAGUUUCCUCCGACUCGUUUGACCAUAAAGACAUCUCUCCACCCUGUCCCACUUCACUCGUCUCCAGCCAACAGAUCUACAUACACACAGACACACACACAAACACACAACCGGCCAGCCACCCCGUCCACUCUGAAAGCGCACUCAAUCGGUCAAGUUGA